UAAAUUAUUGGUUGAUUCUUGAUAUCGUCGAUUUUGUCAGUAGUUCCACUUUCAAGCACCUGCCUUCCCACUUCUCAUUCUUCUCUCAUGUUAAAAUGGUGGGAUUCAAUUGAAUUGAAGCUUGCUUAACCUUCGUCACUUCAAUGGCGAUCCCUGUGUUUCUAUGUGCUGUACUGUUGCUGGGCUUUCUUUCGUCGUCGGAUUCGAAGUAUAUAAGAUACAAUACUACGUCAAGCACUGUUCCUGGGAAACUCAACGUCCAUCUGGUACCUCAUACGCACGAUGAUGUUGGAUGGUUGAAGACCCUCGACCAGUACUACGUUGGUUCUAACAAUUCCAUUCAGGGAGCGUGUGUUCAAAAUGUGCUAGAUUCUCUGGUACCGGCAUUGUUGGCCGACAAGAAUCGCAAGUUCAUUUAUGUCGAACAGGCCUUUUUCCAACGUUGGUGGAGGGAACAAAGUGAGGCAGUUCAAAACACAGUGAAGCAGCUAGUCAACUCUGGUCAAUUGGAGUUCAUAAAUGGGGGUAUGUGUAUGCAUGACGAGGCAGCUACACAUUACAUUGAUAUGAUUGACCAGACAACUCUUGGGCAUCGAUUUCUUAAACAAGAAUUUAAUGUAACACCAAGAAUAGGUUGGCAAAUUGAUCCCUUUGGACAUUCUGCAGUGCAGGCGUAUUUGUUGUCAGCAGAGGUUGGAUUUGAUUCCCUAUUUUUUGCACGGAUUGAUUACCAAGACAGAGCAAAGAGGAAAGGUGAUAAGUCACUCGAAGUUGUUUGGAGGGCAUCUAAAAGCCUUGGUUCAUCUGCACAAAUCUUUUCUGGAGCAUUCCCUGAGAAUUAUGAACCUCCUAGUAAUUUCUACUAUGAAGUAAAUGAUAACUCUCCUAUUGUCCAGGAUGAUAUUGAUUUGUUUGACUACAAUGUACCUCAGCGAGUGAACGAGUUCGUCUCAGCUGCGAUAUCACAGGCAAAUAUUACUCGUACAAAUCAUAUAAUGUGGACGAUGGGAACAGAUUUCAAGUACCAAUAUGCGAAUAGUUGGUUUCGGCAGAUGGACAAGUUUAUUCACUAUGUCAAUCAGGAUGGAAGGGUUCAUGCCCUGUACUCGACCCCGUCAAUUUAUACUGAUGCAAAAUAUGCAGCAAACAAGGCUUGGCCAAUCAAGACUGAAGACUACUUUCCGUAUGCUGAUCGUAUAAAUGCCUAUUGGACGGGGUAUUUUACAAGUAGGCCGGCUCUUAAGGGUUAUGUUAGAGCGAUGAGCGGAUACUAUUUGGCAGCAAGACAGUUGGAAUAUUAUAAAGGAAAGAGCGCAUCAGGCCCUAAAACUGACUCUCUGGCAGAUGCUUUGGCUAUUGCUCAACACCAUGAUGCAGUUUCUGGAACAGAAAAGCAGCAUGUGGCUAAUGAUUAUGCGAAACGGCUUUCAAUGGGUUACACUGAGGCUGAGAAAGUUGUCGCAGCAUCACUCGCUUGCAUAACUGAGACAACAUCCAAAUCUGGUUGUAAUAGUCCACAAACUCAGUUCCACCAGUGUCCACUUUUGAACAUAAGUUACUGUCCUGCAUCAGAAGUUAAUUUGUCAAACGGGAAAAACCUGGUUGUUGUUGUUUACAAUCCUCUUGGAUGGAAAAGAGAGGAUGUUAUAAGAAUCCCUGUUAUCAGUGAAAUUGUUAAUGUUCGGGAUUCGAGUGGAAAAGAAAUUGAAUCUCAGCUUCUACCAAUUCUUCAUGCUUCGCUGGCUCUAAGAAACUACCAUGCCAAGGCAUACUUGGGUGUAUCUCCAUCUGUAAGCCCCAAGUAUUGGCUUGCUUUUUCAGCAUCUGUUCCUCCACUUGGAUUUAGCACCUACUACAUAUCAAGCUCUAAACAAUCAGUUGCAGGUUCAGCUGUUAUUUCAGACAGACAGACAGAGUACGAGUCAGGAAGUCAAGAUCAAUCAUUUGAAGUAGGCCCAGGCAACUUGAAACUAGUUUAUUCUGGGAAUGAAGGGAAAUUAACUGAUUAUAUCAACACAAGAAGCAAGGUCAAAGAAUCAGUUAAUCAGACAUACACUUUCUAUGCUGGGUAUGGAAAUGAUCAUACUCAGACUGCUCAGGCCUCAGGAGCAUAUAUUUUUCGCCCCAAUGGUACAUACCCCAUCAAAUCUGAAGGGAAGCUCACAGUUUUGAGAGGACCUAUAAUUCAUGAGGUGCAUCAAGAGAUCACUUCAUGGAUAUAUCAGAUCACUAGACUGUACAAGGGAACAGAACAUGCUGAAGUUGAGUUUAUCGUUGGACCCAUACCUAUUGAUGAUGGAGUUGGCAAAGAAAUCGCCACUCAGAUUAAAACAAAUCUCGGAAGCAACAAAACUUUCUAUACCGAUUCUAAUGGACGUGAUUUCAUGGAAAGGAUUCGAAACUAUCGUAAAGACUGGAACUUGGAAGUCAAUCAACCUGCUGCUGGAAAUUACUACCCUCUCAAUCUCGGGAUUUACCUAAGAGAUCAGAGUAAAGAGUUUUCGGUAUUAGUAGAUCGGUCUGUGGGUGGAUCCAGCCUUAUUGAUGGACAAGUGGAGCUAAUGGUUCACAGGAGGUUACUUGUGGAUGAUGGCCGGGGCGUCGGCGAGGCGCUAAAUGAAACAGUUUGCAUUCAUAAUAAGUGCACUGGACUAACUAUCCUUGGUAAGUACUACUUCAGAAUUGACCCUGUAGGAGAGGGUGCCAGAUGGCGUCGCUCAUUUGGUCAGGAGAUAUACUCGCCAUUUCUUUUAGCCUUCACACAAGAGAGUGGAGAUGGUUGGAGAAAUUCUCACGUGACAACCUUUUCAGGGCUUGAUUCCUCGUACGAGAUACCAGAUAAUGUUGCAAUAUUAACACUUGAGGAGCUUGACGAUGGACAAGUUAUCCUUCGGCUGGCUCACUUGUACGAGAUCGACGAGGACAAGAAUCUUUCCGUCAAGGCAAGUGUUGAACUGAAAAAGGUGUUCCCGGGUAAAAAGAUAAAGCAUAUAACAGAAACAAGUCUGUCUGCAAACCAAGAAAGAGCAGAAAUGGAGAAGAAGAGAUUAGUGUGGAAGGCAGAAGAAAAAGAAGCAACGCACGUGAAAGGCCACGUGACAAGAGGGGGACCCGUAGAUCCAGAAAAGCUCGUGGUAGAACUUGCUCCCAUGGAAAUACGAACCUUCGUUAUCGCUUUUUAACCCCAAAAAAUGAUAUGAAAAAAAGGACCAACCGCCGCAAAAUCAUCAAGCGGUUCUUCCACUCAUUGAUGUCUCCCUUUACCCUACAAAUAAAGGAGGCUGUGGCCUUCAUUAUAUGGGACUCAGAGCCACGUCUUCAAUUGUGUUGUAAUUGAAAUAGCACAAUCAGCAUUAUGUUCACUUUGCGGCUCUAGUGAACACUCAAUUGUACUAAUUUAAUGUUUUAUAAUAUAAAUAUGGUUUUUAAAAUAAAAGAUUAAUUAAUAA